AUGUAUUGUUGUGUUGGUGGGGGAUAUCUCGACCGGAGCUGCUUUUUCCCCACAUGUGUUGCGGCCAACACUCGGACCAACUCCAAGUCAUUUAUUUAUUUCUAUCUGUACUUUUGGAACUUCCUCUUGUCCACAAACUUGUGCCAUUGUGACUCGCCCACCAUGGUUUUACUUUCAUCCAAGCUUCUUCUCCAGGCACAUGCCGUGUUUCUGAUUGUGAUCGCCGGCUAUCUGAUCAAGAGCCCCGAGGUGAUCACCGACUGUGAUCUGGUGUUUAUGAUAGGAGAGGCCUUGAAGAUUGACUUUCCAUCCCUGUCCAGCCCGCAACAAUCCCCUUUCACCUUCUGUGCCAUCCUCAUCUUCGUCGAGGCCCUUACCGACGUCGUCAUACUGUCCAACAUCCCCUUCCACGAAGCUCUCGAUGAAGCUCUCCCUUAUAUCCGGCCCCUGCGAAAUGGCAACCUCCCCGCCGAGGAUCUGCAGGUGCUACAGCGUUUGCCCGAAUAUAUCACUAAUUCCUUGACAAUUUACUGGAGCGUCUGGGUCGCCGUUGCUGCUUGUCGCUUUGCCGUGUAUGCCGGAAUUGCGUUCUUUAUCUAUCAAGGCAGAGGUGACCACCUGGCCUCGUCUUACACAAGCGCAGCGGCUGUUGGAGGUCUGGAUCGCCUGAAGAACAGGGUGGUCUUCACCUUUGCUUUCUUCGAAAUGAUGUUCUGGUUCUGGACUUUCGCUACUCUCCGCGAGGAGCGCCAGGAACGCCUGACCAAGCUGCUGGAGGAUACCCGCGAGAAUUGA